AUGGUUCAAAGGCUUCCAUGCGCCUUGGGGACUGUCAUGGUUUUUGUAAUGACUUGCAGUUGCGGACUCUCCUUCUCCAACUUCUCCGCGGACAACGAGGUGCGCUCCAGCUUCAUCCAGCGCCGACUGAGGAGCCAGGAGCGCAGGGACAUCCAGCGGGAGAUCCUCUCCAUCUUGGGGCUGCCCCACCGGCCGCGACCCGCUCCCGUCCAGAGCAGACACACCGCGGCGCCGAUGUUCAUGCUGGACCUGUACAACACGGCCUCGGCGGACGCACCGCACAGCAGAUACUCCGGCUUCGACCCCCACCUGGCCCCCAACACGGUCACCCUGCAGGACAGCCGCUUCCUGGAUGACGCCGACAUGGUGAUGAGUUUUGUCAAUCUGGUUGAUCAGGAUAAAGAACUCCUGUACCAGAAGCAACAAAGAGAAUUCCGAUUUGACCUUUCCCGUAUUCCGGAGGGAGAGGCUGUCACGGCGGCGGAAUUCAGGAUUUUUAAAGAUUUCAUCCAGGAACGCUACGAGAACGAGACGUUCCGAGUCAGCAUCUACCAGGUCUUACGGGAGACCGCACUCAGCGAAGUGGAUCUGCUGCUGGUGGACCAAAGAGAGGUGUGGGCUGCAGAGGAGGGCUGGCUCAUGUUUGACCUGACUGCCACCAGCAAUCUUUGGCUGGGCAACCCUGAACACAACCUUGGCCUUCAUCUGGUCCUGCAGGACAGCCAUGGCCACAGGAGGAACCCCCGCCUGGCCGGGCUGCUGACGGGCAGCGGGGCACGAGACAAGCAGCCCUUCCUGGUCGCCUUCUUCAAAUCCAACGAGGUUCGCUUUCGCAACAUCCGCUCCGCUCACGGCCACAAGGGGCGCCAUUCCAACCGUUCAAAACCCCAGAGGACUGUCCAAGACGCGCUCAAGGCAGUCGAGGCCGCAACGGAUCAUCUGGGCAUCUCCAAGGAUGGAUGCAAAAAACGUGAGCUGUAUGUCAGCUUCAGAGAUUUAGGAUGGCAGGACUGGAUCAUCGCACCAGAAGGCUAUGCGGCGUACUACUGCGAGGGGGAGUGCGCCUUCCCUCUCAACUCCUACAUGAAUGCCACCAAUCACGCUAUCGUUCAAACCCUGGUACACUUUAUCAACCCCGGAACCGUGCCCAAGCCCUGCUGCGCUCCCACGCAGCUCCACGGGAUCUCCGUGCUCUACUUUGACGACAGUUCCAACGUCAUCCUCAAGAAGUACCGCAACAUGGUGGUCCGGUCCUGCGGCUGUCACUGA